AGUUUAACUCCACAGUUCCGGCCUCACUAUAUCCGUUCCUCGCACCACGUGACUUCCUUUCUGGUCUAACCUGACAACAUGGACGCCAGCCGCGUGCAGCCGAUCAAGCUUGCGAGAGUGACAAAGGUCCUCGGAAGAACUGGUUCUCAGGGCCAGUGUACACAGGUCCGUGUUGAGUUCAUGGACGACAGCAACCGCUCCAUCAUCAGGAACGUGAAGGGCCCGGUCAGAGAAGGAGAUGUGCUUACCCUUCUGGAGUCUGAAAGAGAAGCCAGGAGGCUGCGAUAGUGGAAGAUGAAGCUGAGGUGCCUCUCCAUGACCGUGGAGCAUCAUCUUUGCUCGCUGUGGGCUACAGCUCAUGUUAAGAUGUUUUGAAAUAAAUUGAGGAAUUCACAAUUGU